UCGCGCCCGACCAGUAUGUAGGGCGCGCGCGCGCACUCCGGCAGCCUUCAUCACGCCAACCCGUCCAGGCACCAGAAAUCCGUUAAUGUGCAGUGAGGGAUGCCUCUGCCCUAGGGAUGCCUGACUCAUUCUAGGAAGAGGAGCUGUGAAUGAGGUUAAGGGACAAAUGGCAGCCUCCUCUUCAUCCUCUUCAGCUGGUGGAGUCAGUGGAAGCUCUGUAACUGGAUCUGGGUUCAGUGUCUCGGAACUUGCCCCACCACGGAAAGCCCUCUUUACAUACCCCAAAGGAGCUGGAGAAAUGUUAGAAGAUGGCUCCGAAAGAUUCCUUUGUGAAUCCGUUUUCAGCUAUCAGGUUGCCUCUACAUUAAAGCAAGUGAAACAUGAUCAACAGGUUGCUCGGAUGGAAAAACUAGCUGGUUUAGUGGAAGAACUGGAAGCAGAUGAGUGGAGGUACAAGCCAAUAGAACAGUUGCUGGGGUUCACUCCAUCCUGAGGCUGAAAGCUUUGGGAUCACUGGUGUUGAAAGACAACACAAAUAUACAACACUUGGGAUUGAUUUUUAAAUAUGCUGCCAUUUAUCAGUGUGUUCCCAGGUGUAUCAUGUUUUUUUAAACCCACACCAGGUGGCUCUGUAAUUGCAACUUACUGGAUACUACCACAGAACUGUAAAUCCUUUUAGUCUUCUGCAGGGUAGACAUUUGGUAAUAAUUCAGCAGGGCCUGGUUUCUGUAACUUAUGAAAUACAGUAAGUUUUAAAGGCUUGGCGAAUAGCCUGUUUGUUUAAAGGAGAAGGGAAGGUUAUUGUAAAAAACCCGAUCAUUUAUACUCACAAUGGAAUGUACGUGCCUGAACUGGCCAGGUAAUAUCAAUCAUUCAGGACCUGGAUACCUUUGAGUCCAAAUCCUGGAGGGAAAAAGCACAAGGCACUGAAUGGAAAGAAGAUUCUUUUUGAAGGUGAAUGUGAUAAACUGUGCAGGGUCAACUGAAGAGAAAAAUGUUAAGCAAUUUCUAUAUUUAGAUCUCCUUGUUUUUGCUGAGUCUUUUCUCUCUGCUGGCAUGUUUCUUUUUUGACUGUACACAGAAUAUGAGAAGGGAACUGCAGUUUAAUGCAGAGGCAGUGACUCAAGACACUGAAAUCUGCUCUCACUUUACCAUAAUGUACAAAACUGUUCAAUGGCCAAUAAAUUUCAAGAGUUUGAA